UUGUAUUUAAGCUCAAUAAAAAACUUUGAAGCAGAUAAAAAAAAAAAAGACAGAAUAAAGAAGAGAUGUAUUUCAAGUCAUGAAAAAACUGAGCGAAAAUUUUCAUGAAAUUUAUGAGAGCCAAAAUAGUUCAUCCUCUGAAAAUUGUUCUAGCGAAGAUAGAGACACCAUGGAUUGUCCAUAUAUGGAAAAGAGGAAGAAGAGGAAGAAGAAGAGCAUAAUGCUAUUGGAAAGCUCGAAAAAGGGUUCUUCAAGAAAGCCUAAAAGUGUCAAAUCCAAGGAUAAACAAGUUUGCUCAGAAAAUUCCAAGAAAUCAAAAAACAGCGUCUCGAGAAAGAGGACUCGGCAAACCGACUUAUACGAUGAUAUCGAGUCAAAAUUUUCAGUCAUGGAGCGUGCGGAUAGAGUGCUUGCACGCCUAGAAAACGAGCUCGAACUCCCGUUUUUCUUGAAGUGUAUGCUCCCCUCGAAUGUCUCUCAUGGAUUCUGGCUGCAUCUACCGAAAAAAUUCUGCAGUCUUCAUUUGCCAAAUCACGACACAUCUAUAAUUUUGGUGGACGAAUGGGGAAAUGAGUACAAAACAUCGUAUCUUCUCGAGAGGCAUGGCUUGAGUGCUGGGUGGAGAGGCUUCUCUAUUGCUCACAGACUAUUAAAAGGCGACAUACUCAUUUUCCAUUUGACCGCACCUUGUAGAUUACAGGUGCACAUUGUGAGAGUGCACGGCUCGGAUGUCGUUAGUGCAGCUCUUUGCCUCAUGGAAUUGGAUGCUUUUGGAAGAGGAGAAGAUGCUGAUCUUGAGAAGAAGGAUAAAAGGAAGCGUAAAAGGACAACAAAGUAUGUGGAGCCUUUUCUGCCUGAUAUCUCCACACCUUUGGAGAAUGCCAAAGGGAAAAACGUGCUCGAUCAGUCCACGAGUACCGUGAAUGGUUUUAGCUCCGAAUUUACACAAGGUUCUGAAACUGCUGUUCGACCUCAAUCUAAGAACGCCAUUUACUAUCCCGAGCCUUCAUUUUUGCACGAACAUUCUUUUGAGGGCGUCGUUUGUCAGUAGGCCCUGAAAAAAUUCACCAAGAAAAAGUACAAUGCAGGGGAGCAACUCGAUUUAUGCUCCGUUUUGUUAUUAUCCCCAAAAAAACAUCGAUUUUAUUCGGGGAAUAGCUGUAAAAAGUUUGCAAAUAGCUCAAAUCCCUUUACGAAUCGAGUACAAUUUUUGUAGAAAGUCAUCUGACCAAAUGCCUGCAAAUAUUGACUUCGACAUGCAAAGGUAAAACCCGAAUGUGUUCAUAUCUUUGUACGUAUGUCUUGAGUCUUAUGAUGUCUGCACGGAACCUUCACUCACAUGGUUUAUGUACUGGAAAAUAUGUGACUAUUCAUUACAGAGCUUUCGUGUGUUUUUGCUGAGGAAUCGAGCUAGAGAAUUUUUGGGUUUUUAGUGGUUACAUAUGCCAUGCAUAUUUGUCGUGAGUUCUUCUUUUACCCGUCCGAGUUAAACGGCUCCUUGAGCGUAGUUUCUAUAUUCGUUGAUAUUGCUCGUCAGGAUAUUCUCCAGAAAUAGUAACUGUUCUAUAUCAGGAAUCGAAAUACUUCUAUUAAUUGUGGUGCAAUGCUGUGUCUUGAUUCGAAUUUCUACCGUGCAAUUCUUGUGGAAAAUUUUACUGUUGACCUAAUGUGCCCUU